UCGACUAUGCAUGCUUAUUACGUGUGAGGACUAGUCCUGUUACGAGCCUGAAGCAUCUGGAAUAGGACUUUCUCCCUCCUACCUAUUCAUGAAGAAAAAUAUGACAUUGUUCUUUGCCUUUUACGCAUGAAUUUACAGACUACAGACGCAUGCUUUACAACUCGAAACUUAUUUUCGGACGAGAUUCUACAGCCGCAUUGCAAAGGACUAAAACUAAAAACUAAAGAGGUUGGUGCUGAAUACAAAGUGAUACGGUGAUCCCAUGUUUCGCUCGCAUGACUAAUUAAUAUCAGUACUCAGUCUCGCGCGCUCCUAUUUUUUUAAUAUAAACUAUGGCGUUUAGAGCGAGAGCGUUGUACGACUUUAGUUCCGAAAAUCCAGGAGAGAUAUCGAUUACUGAGAACGAAGUUGUUACUUUGUACAGCGAACAAGAUGUCGAGGGAUGGUUAGAGGGAACUAACAGCAGAGGGGAGACUGGUCUUUUUCCAGCCUCAUAUGUGGAGAUUCUCACAAAUGAUUCAUCUGACAUCUCCUCCAACAACAAUGGUAUGUCGGGAGAUCAUGGUCAAGCCGAGUUGCCAUCAAGUGGAUAUGAUUCAUCAUACCAUUCCCAGUCCCACUCUCGUGCUGAGAGCAUUACAGUUCCGAACCCCACCCACUCUGCUUAUUCUGUGCAAACUUCACAGCACCACAGUUACCCGACCAGUCAAGGUAGUGAUGACGACUGGGAUGAUGACUGGGAUGACAGCUCGACUGUGGCGGAUGAACCUGGAACGAUACAUGACAAUGAUGGCACUAGUUCCACAGCAUACACGGUCACUACCACUUUGCCUGAGAGACGUAGCAGUGCCCAAGCCAAAAGUUCAGCCACAGUGGGUAAAAACCUCAACAGGUUUUCAACCUUUGUGAAAUCUGGCGGAGAAGCUUUUGUGUUGGGCGAGGCGGCUGCCUUCGUCAAGGACGGGGACAAGAUCUGUGUUGUCAUGGGCCAGUAUGGGCCAGAGUGGCAAGAAGACCCAUAUCCUUUCGCCUGCUCCAUCGAUGACCCAACCAAACAGACUAAAUUCAAAGGCAUGAAGAGUUACAUGUCAUACAGACUGACUCCCUCUCAUACCCAGAGCCAGGUGAAUAGAAGGUACAAGCACUUUGACUGGCUCUAUGCCCGCCUAGUCGAACGAUUCCCUGUCAUAUCAGUCCCCCAUCUGCCCGAGAAACAGGCCACGGGGCGCUUCGAACAGGACUUUGUCUCCAAGCGCAGAAAAGGUUUAAUAUGGUGGAUGAACCACAUGACGAGCCAUCCUGUCCUGGCCAGGUGUGACGUCUUCCAGCACUUCCUCACCUGCCCCAGCACAGACGAGAAGACGUGGAAGAUGGGCAAGCGAAAGGCAGAGAAGGAUGAGUUGACUGGAGCUAACUUCUUUCUGACCAUCUCCACCCCGGCGGUUCCACUGGACCUACAGGAGGUAGAGAGCAAAAUAGAUGGUUUCAAAGCCUUCACUAAGAAGAUGGAUGAGAAUUGUCUGUUCGUCAACGCUACCAUCAACGAGUUCGCCAGGAAGCAGAUCACCGGCUUUAAGAAGGAGUAUCAGAAAGUGGGCCAGUCCUUCAAACUGCUGGGCCAAGCCUUUGAGAUGGACCAACAGGCCUAUUCUGUAGGACUGAACCGUGCCAUAGCAUUCACAGGAGAGGCCUACGAGGUUAUAGGAGACUACUUUGCUGAGCAGCCCAGACAGGAUUUGGACCCCAUAUCGGACCUGUUGGACCUGUACAAGGGACACCUGGCCAACUACCCUGAUAUCAUACAUGUGCAGAAAGGUGCCCUUACCAAAGUGAAGGAGUGCCAGAAACAGGAAGGGGAGGGGUCAACCAUCAACGAGCGCUGUAACAUCAUUUCCUGCGCCACGCUGGCUGAGAUCCAGCACUUCCACCGUACGCGCGUACGUGACUUCAAGAGCCAGAUGCAACACCACCUCCAGCAGCAGAUCAGCUUCUUCCAGAAGAUCACUGGGAAGCUAGAGGAGGCACUGCAAAAGUACGACGAAUAUAUAAUAUAAGGGCCUGAAGAAAGGAGGGUGGCUACAGAGGGAUGGAGAGAGGAUGGUGGGGACAGAGAGAGAGAGAGAGAGGGGGGAAGAGGGGUCUUAGAGAGGGAGAGAAAGAAAGAUGGAUAGAGAUGAUAAAUAAAGUGCCCGGAGGAGAUAAGGCACUUGAAUGACUUGUUCAGUUCUCCAUGACCAGAUUAUUCAUCCAUUCUACAGUCGGAAGUGAGUGGAUCUAUGCAGGUGACGCAGUGACGGAUGGGAAAAUGGGGGAGAAAGAUACUGAAGAUACUCCUUCAUUAACGUUGUUUUCCGCAAAACUUGAUCAUGUAGUCUAGCUUGACAGGAUAUGUUAAGUCAUCACAUAUAAGAAGUGUCACUUCAGAAAUGAGUGGGAUGUCUUCCAUAAGGAACUGUAUAGAAUUGCAAAGAUAUCUCUUAAAAGACAUGUUUAACCUGUUGCAUUGAAUCCCCCUCAUUUGCCUUUUUCUCUGAACAAAUAUAACAAUUUCAGUUUCAUGGCAAAUAUGAAUGACAUGUCUCUUUGUGUGUGUGUGUGUGUGUGUGUGUGUGUGUGUGUGUGUGUGUGUACAUGUGUCUUAUCAUAGAGGGGGCAACCAAGGGGGGAUUGGUAUUUCAAUAUUCUGUUGUAGUUUCUGAACCUCAUUAUUUGAGACCUCCCAGAGAGCUCUGUGCCAGGAACAAGCUUUAAGAUUGUAGAACACUGGAGGAGAACAGAACACCUGAUUUUCCAUUCCUUCUUAUUGUUCCCAAUGGAGAGGGAGGAGGGAGGCACAAAUAACUCAACCAGAAUAAUACUGCAAAUGAUGUCUCUGUGGGAUUCCCUGAUGUCGAAGGACAUUGUUGAAAUUAAAUCCUUCCUCCUACA